CGGGCGCCUGCGCAGAGGGCGGCGCGGAGGCCGAGGGCGCGGGCCGGGGCGCGGCGAGGCCCGGGGCGCGGCGUGGGUGGCAGCGCGGGACCCCCGGCCAUGGCGGACGAGGAGCUGGAGGCGCUGAGGAAGCAGCGCAUGGCCGAGCUGCAGGCCAAGCACGGGGAUCCCGGAGAUGCAGCCCAGCAGGAAGCGAAGCACAGGGAAGCGGAAAUGAGAAACAAUAUGUUAGCCCAAGUUCUGGAUCAGUCAGCCCGGGCCCGGUUAAGUAAUUUAGCACUUGUAAAGCCUGAAAAAUCUAAAGCUGUAGAGAAUUACCUCAUACAGAUGGCAAGAUAUGGACAGCUAAGCGGGAAGGUUUCAGAGCAAGGUUUAAUAGAAAUCCUUGAAAAAGUUAGUCAACAAACAGAAAAGAAAACAACAGUUAAAUUCAACAGAAGAAAAGUAAUGGACUCUGAUGAAGAUGACGACGAUUAUUGAACUUAAAAUGUUUAGAGACUGGACCUUAAUGGAGCAAUUUGAGGACAGAUAAUACUUGGCAGAAGUCCCAAUCUAAUUAAAUGUUUACUUUGUUUACUGUGUAUAUGCCUUUAAAAAAAAUAAACUUGUUAUGGAAAACAAAACAAUUUAGGCAUAGUUGCCGAAUGAACAGAAGGUCUGCAUUUUGAAUUUUUUCCUUUCCUACCGAAAGCAUAUGUGUAACAGCAUGAAUAUAUUCUCUCUGUAACUGUGACAUUAGUGUUAAGUAGGAAAAUGGCCUCAGCAGAAAUAGAAACUGCACAAGCAUUCUGCAGUGAGAGGGAACUAGCAAAUGCAGGUUAUAGCGCAGAAAGUAAAACCCGUCUGAAUUACACUGGGCCAACUCUAAUAGUUGUGGUCCAGUACUUCUGGACAGAGAGAAUACAGAGGUGAAGGCACUUGACUGGCAUGCAGUCCACCCCAGCACUACGGGUGGUCCACUGAGCCCAGAGCCAGGAUUAGCGCUGGAGUACCACCACUGGCCUGCCCCACCCCCCGCAGGGAAAAUAAAAACUGGUAUUUCUAAAGCAUGACCUUUGGCAGAGAUUUCUUCCUAGGGACAGUAGCACUGUCUGUAGCACUGUCAUCCCAUUGUUCAUCGAGUUGCUCGAGCGGGCACCAGUAACGUUUCCAUUGUGAGACUUGUUACUGUUGUUGGGAUAUCGAAUACGUCAUGGGUAGUUUGCCAGGCUCUCCCGUGCGGGUGGGAUACUCUUGGUAGCUUGCUGGAGAGGGGCGGAGGAAUCAAACCCAGGUCGGCCAUGUGCAAGGCAAACGCCCUACCCGCUGUGCUAUUGCUCCUAGGGACAAUACUUAGAUUUAAUGAACAUUGAUUCCUAGCUUGAUUUCAUUCGUAACCUCCUUUCCAAAGGCAAUGAGAAGAAUUAUGUAACAAAUAUCCCAUUGUCAACUGGAAUUUCUUGUUAAUUCAACAGCAGUAAACUGGUUUGUAGAAGAAAUUCU